CAUUAUUAUCUGAUAAAGUCUUUUUGGGUCGACUCGACUCUGUUGCGAGUCGGGAGACACUACAGUGAUCGCGCGAGUCAAUUCGCACAUUGGGGUGACGCCUCUCGCCGUUCUUUUACCAGCUUAGAGGGUCGCAUGACUCAGCUUUCAAGUUUGCACAUUCCUUCAUCGGCCGACGAUUCCGUCUGAAAGGAAUCAGGGUAUAAAACAUGAAGCACUUCUGCAGAUCUCUUCCUACUCGACCGGGACCUCGCCUUCUUCGACUGACUUCAGAGUCUUCCUCAAAGUCUACAAUUCUUCACGCAGCUAGACCCUCGCCUGUGUUCACUGUCCCACACCAUCAUCGUCCCUUCACCAUGUCUGCCGACGUUCUAGCGCCUCAGGAAGUGGUCUACUCGACGAAUUCUGAUCGACCACCUAUGCCGUCAGAUGUGGCGACUGGAGAACAUACGGCCCAAAAGACCGACGCGUACCUUGACACCAAGCUCCUCGCGCCGGGAUACGGCGCCGACCAGGUCCUCGAGAAAUGUCGAAAGAGGGCUCAUGAAGCGGGGAUUCCUGAGAUCGCAGUGUCCCCUCAACAGGGACAAUUGUUGAGUAUCCUCGCGAAGAGUGUCGGAGCCAGCAAGAUUCUGGAAAUUGGAACUCUGUGGGGCUAUUCGACCGUCUUCCUCGCUCGAUCUCUGCCCAAGCACGGUCAGAUUGACACCCUUGAGAUUGACCCUCUUCACGCCAAGAUCUCCAACCAGACCUUCAUCGAUGCCGAUCUUUACCCCUUCCCCAAGAUUCACAUUGGUAAAGCUGUGGACACGUUGAAAGGGUUGAGCCCACCUGGAGAGGCAGAGGGUCUCAAGGAUGCCGGGUAUGACUUUGUCUUCAUUGACGCGGACAAGGGAAACAUCCCUGAAUACUUUCAACAAGCUCUCAGACUCUCUCGAAAGGGUGCUCUGAUUUUCAUCGACAAUGCCAUUCGAGGCGGAAGAAUCACCUCAGAGUACCGAAGUAACACCCACGAAGAUGCCAACAUUGCUGGACUGAGAAAGUUUUAUGAUUGGGCCGAAAAGGAUAAUGGCAAGACUGUAUUGUUGAGUGGGACGCAGACAGUCGGAGCGAAACAUUGGGAUGGAUUCGUCCUCGCUACCAAGCUGUAGCGAUAUCGCAACGUCUGAGCUGAAGGCCCCUUUCGAAGUCGCAAGCCUGCAACACAUGAUCAGCAGUCAGGGACGUCCCUGAGGAUCCCCAUCAAAAUCCCAGUUGAAGUCGCCGGAUUGGCCUUGCCAGAUGCGGUCAAAGCUACGCGCUUCGUCCCCUCUCAAAUUUGAUUUGCAUUUAGUGCAAAACCGUACGAGCCGCCAGUCAGCUGCACUUAAUGUGCGUGGGCUGCGAAUGAAUGUAUCUGGGAAUGCAUUCUCGAUGUGUCCU